CCAGCAGGCGAGCAAGUGUGCACUGAGGGUCACCAUGGAGGGCUUCACAGGCGGAGACGAGUACCAGAAGCACUUCCAGCCCAGGGACUACCUGCACACUUACUACCGCUUCGAGGCGGGUCCCUCGCCUGAGGUGGAGAUGCUCAAGUUCAACCUGGAGUGUCUCCACAAGACCUUCCGCCCGGGGGGCCUCCACGGGGACACGCUGAUCGACAUCGGCUCCGGCCCCACUAUCUACCAACUGCUGGCUGCCUGCGAGGUCUUCGGGGACAUCACUAUGUCCGACUUCACCGACCGCAACCGGGAAGAGCUGCAGAAGUGGCUGAAGGAGGAGCCGGGGGCCUACGACUGGACCCCGGCGCUGAAGCUCGCCUGUGAGCUGGAGGGCAACAGUGACCGGUGGCAAGAGAAAGCAAAGAAGGUGCGGGCUGUGGUGAAGCGGGUGCUCAAGUGUGAUGCCAACCUGGCCAACCCGCUGGCCCCCGUGGUGCUGCCCCCGGCCGACUGCGUGCUCUCCCUGCUGGCCAUGGAGUGCGCCUGCUGCAGCCUGGACGCCUACCGCGCGGGGAUCGCCAACCUGGCCUCGCUGAUCAAGCCCGGGGGUCACCUGGUGACCUCCGUCACGCUCGGGCUCUCGUCCUACAUGGUGGGGAAGCGGGAGUUCUCCUGCGUGGCCCUGAAGAAGGAGGCGGUGGAGCAGGCCGUCCUGGACGCUGGCUUGGAGAUCAAGCAGCUCCUGUACAGCCCCAAGAGCUACACGGCCGCCAGCGCGGCCAACACGGGGGGCAUCAGCUUCAUUGUAGCCCGCAAGAAGCUGGGGUCCUGAGCCGCCAGCACCCGCGAGGCCACGCGCAGGCCCCAGCGCCUCCCCAUCCCUGUGCGGGAGGGCACAGGAAUAGGGUAGGCGCAGGAGCCUUGCUUUUCCCACUAACUCCCGCUUCUGAAAGCCUGAGGUUUUAACACCCCGCUUUAGCAGUCCGCUGGCACCGUCCUAGCUCCUAGAGCCCUGGAAGAGUCCAUCUUCUAAUAUGUUCCCUCAGUCCCUCUCCUGACCCCGCAGGGGCUAGCACAGGACACAGACUCAGAGUUGGGACCCAGAACAGAGAGUCGGAAAGCUCCUACCCCAAUGUUUCCCCAACCCUCCUGGGUUCCCCGUUAUUGCAGUUUUGACCUUUGACCCUCCUGGAAUAUCCUGGGAUCCAUGCAGGUAGCCUUUGGCCCCGGGGUGGGGUGUUGGUGCGUGUUUCACCAGCAGGAAAACAUGUUUCUUUCUUUUUCUUCCACAAAGAGGAUGGAAGGAGGGGUGGAGGAAGGCUGUGUGGCAGUCCCUGGGUUUCAAAGAUGUGAGCUCACCUGCUAGGGUUGACUUCAAGCUGGAUAGCUGGCUCACGGUAUUUCCCAGCCUUUCACAGUCCCCUCUCGCCAGUCCACACCAGGGCCCGGAGCACGGCUGAUGGUCCAGAAAUGUCCAGUUAAGGGAAUUCAGAUGAACAAAACACUGUUUUACAAUUUGAAGCGUCUGCCCCCCAGAUCACGCAAACAUGCUCAUCCCCAAAUUCAGAUUUACUCUUUGGUCUGGGUCAGUUUCCUCUGCUCUGGACUGGGCCCCUCAGCCCUUUGAGAGGUGCCUAGUGGAGAGUCAGGGCUGAGUGAACUUAAGGCAUAUUCACCUUCCCACGUGUCCCAGCAAGAGUCCCCCAAAGGGGGCUGGAGCGAUAGCACGGUGGGUACGGCAUUUGCCUUGCACGCGGCCGACCUGGGUUCAAUUCCCAGCAUCCCAUAUGUCUUCCGAGCACCACCAGGAGUAAUUCCUGAGUGAAGAGCCAGGAGUAACCCCUGUGCAUCACCGGGUGUGACCCAAAAAGAAAAAAAAAAAAAGAGUUCCCCCCCCCCCCCCAAAGGACUUAGUACAAAAAAGGGCUUCCUCAGAGUAGCUGGGACAGUGCCUCCCCAGGCUGUCAUGUUCUGCCUUUGCACUCCUCAGCUUCCUGUAUUCCUCCGGUCCCUCCUGAAGAAUUCACACUGACCCUAGACCUGCAGGGCUGGGGAUCCGGCCUCCAGCCUCAGCAGCUGGGUUGAGGGCUCCCGGGCCAUCAGUCCCUUCUCUGGGCCUCACAUUUCCUGCCGAGAAGCAGGGCCCUGGGGCCUAAUCUAAUCAUCUAAUCACCUCCCAGGAACAGGGAAUCGUUGAUGCAAAGUGCUUUGCCAAUCCAAGACUUUGCAGAAAGUCUCUAUGGAUGUCACAUCUCCCCAGAGCUGGAGCAGCCAUGGCAGAUAUUGAGUCUGAUCCCUUUGCCCGAGUAGGAAGCUUCGUGAGGAAGUUUCAUUUUGCUAUGUCAGGAAGCGGAAGCUCAGAGAGGGCAAGCAGUUUGUCCAGAGACACGCAGUAAGAUGGUGUCCGAGCUGGAGUGAGCACAGGGACCCCUGACUCCAGACCAGUGGACCCUCCACUCCACUGACCACCCCCUCCUGAAAGGACACAGAAGCAGCUCUUUCCUCUAGGUCACUCCCAGCCCAGGUGUGUAGCCAGCAAUGCAGGCUGAGCCAGAGAGGCAGAAGCUCCUCCCUAAACGGGCUGAUCUCAUCAAGCCCUGUUUGGAUCAUCUGGAGAAGCAUUGUACUGGAGAAAGUUCUGGAAAUGGAUGUGGUGGGAAGGUCAAGAGACAGAGAGAGGUGGGUGGUCAGCAGACAGAGACUCAGAGACCCAUAGCCAGGAAGGGGGUUGACUAAGGGGAUCUUGGCAAGCCCAAUGUUUGGGCAUAUGUGAGGUUUUAUUGCAGCCGAAGCAGUGUGUGUGUGUGUGUGUGUGUGUGUGUGUGUGUGUGUUGUGUGUGGGGGGGUGCUUUCUGCAAAGGGAUGAUGUUGUCCAGGAGAGGAGAUUGUGAAGAGAAAAAAGCUACAAACGAGGAUCCGGAGAGAUAGCAUAGCAGAUAGGCCAUUUGCCAUGCAUGCAGCUGACCAGGGUUUGUUCGAGCCUCAUAUGGUCCCCUGAGCAAUGCCAGGAGUAAUUCCUGAGUGCAGAGCCAGGAAUAACCCCUGAGCAAUGCCGAGUGUGACUCCAAAACCAGCCAACCAAACAAACAAAGCUGGAAAUAAGUGCCCUGUCUACAGUGCCAGGUGCCACUGAGCUGUGCCGUUCAGCCUGGCAACACGGAGCACUGGCCAGGGGCCUGGUUCUGUGGGCAGCUCAGCAUGAGCGACACUUGCCGGGAGGUGAGUGUGGAAGUGGGGAGCCAGGAGAGGCUCGAGAUGUGGGUUAUUGUUUGACUGGGCCGUGCUGACUUGAGUCUCCAUGUUAUCGACCAGACUCCAUGGAGAUAACUUGUACUCUGCAUGCUUUAAUAAAACGUUUGCUUCACCCUCA